AUGCCAAACCAACAGAAGAAAAUCAUUUUUUGCAUGGCUGGGGUGUUAAGCUUUGUGUGUGCUCUCGGAGUUGUGACAGCUCUGGGGACACCAUUGUGGAUUAAAGCCACCAUCCUCUGCAAAACAGGGGCUCUGCUUGUCAAUGCCUCAGGACAGGAGCUGGACAAGUUCAUGGGAGAGAUGCAGUAUGGGCUUUUCCACGGAGAGGGUGUAAGGCAGUGCGGGUUAGGAGCAAGGCCCUUUCGGUUCUCAUUUUUCCCAGAUUUGCUGCAAGCAAUUCCAGUGAGCAUCCACGUCAAUGUCAUUCUCUUCUCCACGAUCCUUGUUGUUCUAACCAUGGUGGGAACAGCCUUCUUCAUGUACAAUGCUUUUGGCAAACCCUUUGAAACACUACAUGGUCCUCUAGGCUUGUAUCUUUUGAGUUUCAUUUCAGGCUCCUGCGGCUGUCUUGUCAUGAUUUUGUUUGCCUCUGAAGUGAAAAUCCACCACCUCUCAGAAAAAAUUGCGAAUUAUAAAGAAGGGACUUAUGCAUACAAAACACAAAAUGAAAAAUACACCACCUCCUUCUGGGUUGUUUUCAUUUGCUUUUUUGUUCAUUUUCUGAAUGGGCUUCUAAUACGACUUGCUGGAUUUCAGUUCCCUUUUGUAAAAUCUAAAGAUACAGAGACAACAAAUGUAGCUGAAGAUUUAAUGUAUUGAGUUUUUCCCUUUUUUUCUUUUGGUACCAGGGAUCAAACUUGGGUCCUUGCGCUUGCACAGGAGGCAGCAAAACCACUGAGCUAAAUCCCCAGCCCAGAUUUAAUGUAUUGAAGAGCAAUC